CCACCACCAAGAACAACAACAAUAACAAAAAUAACAACAACCAUCCCCAACCCCUGUGUUUAAAAAGCGUACAUAGCGCUCAGUCUCAGUCGCAGUCUCAGCCGCAGUCACAGUUGACGUUUUACGUUUUACGUUGUCUCGCAAUCAUUUGGAAAUAAAUCGUAUUUUGUUUUUUUCAUUUGCAAUUUUUGUUGUUGUUGUUGUUAUUUAUACGGCAAGUUAUUUACGUUGCCUCGCAGUCGCAGUCGCCGUCAUCGUCGUCGUUGUUGUCGUCGCCACUGCCAACGUCGCAGCAACAACAACAAAUUAAAGUCGGCAAAAAUGUUUUACAAUUAAAAUUACGCGCCGAAAGUAUCUGAAAGAUACACCAACGAACCAAGCAAGCAAGCAAACAAACAAACAAACAAACGACUUAAGCAAAACCAUCGGAGCGCAGCAAUAUGCGCAAAUUCAACUAAAAAUGCAGCAUAUCAGAGCUGUAAAAACUUUUACGAUUCCCCUAACCAAAUAUAAUACCAGAUACAAAUUAAGGUCGCUCAGCGUCAGCGCAUAAAAACACCGAAACAACGAGUGUUUCACUUACCUACCAACCAGCCAGUCAGCCAGCCAGCCAACCAACCUAAAUCUACUACUUACUACCUGGAGCAUACCAGCAAGCAACUUACCUGGGCUAUAUUAGUCUCUCAGUGCUUAGUCCUCCAGACCGAAAAGGAUAUUUACCCGAAUUACACACACACACACACGGAGGAGAGAAAAGCCGUAAAACAUUUUGGGCUCGUAAAUUUUUCGCCAAGCCACCCAAAAACAAAAACAAAAAAAAAACAACAACAAGAAAUAAAGUAGAAAACGGAAGAAGAUCCUAAAGACAUAUUCAAGAGAACUAGAAGAAGAAGAAGACAAAAAUAUCCCAAACCCGCACAGCGGAGCGACAGAGAGAAGAGAUGGCGGGCAACAUUGUCAAGUGGUGGAAACAUAAGAUACUCGGCGGCUACAAACAAUUCUCAGUCCAGGAGUGCACCACAGACUCGGAGGAAUUGAUGUAUCAUCAGGUGCGUGCCUCAUCCUCAUGCAGUGCACCGCCAGAUUUGUUGCUGGUCAGUGAACGUGACAAUAAUAUACAACUGCGAACGCCUGUGGUUAAUAUAAUCACAACGCCGCCAGGCAAUGCCUCUGGCACGGCACAAAAACAUCAUCAAUCCCAAGCGCAACAGCAGCAGCAGCAUCAUCAUCAUCCACCAGGAGGAGGUGGAGGUGGUGGAGGAACUCGUCAUCAUCAUCAUCAUCAUCAUCAACAAAAUAAUCAUCAUCAUCAGGAGAGCAAACACUUGCGCAUCAGCACCAGUUCGAAUGGCAAACAUGGCAAAUAUGUAAAUAUGCAGUCAGCAGGAGCAGCUGCUGCUGCUGCUGAAGAGGAUGUGGUCGAUGCAGCAGCGGCCAUGCAACAGCAACAGCAACCCCAACAACAACAACAACAACAACAUGGAUCACAUCAGCAUUCACGUCAUUUGCAUCAUCACAAAGAGGAACGCAUACGAUUGGAGGAAUUCACCUGCGAUGUAUCCGUUGAGGGUGGCAAAUCGUCACAGCCUUUACAAUUCUCGUUCACAUUCUACGAUCUGGAUGGGCAUCAUGGUAAAAUCACAAAGGACGACAUUGUGGGCAUUGUGUAUACCAUAUACGAGUCCAUUGGCAAAUCUGUGGUGGUUCCCCAUUGCGGCAGCAAGACAAUAAACGUUCGCCUCACCGUCAGUCCCGAAGGCAAAUCGAAGGGGGGUGCAGCAAGUGCUGGUGCAGUUGGUGCGGGUGGUGGUGGUGGUUUGGCUAUGCAUCCCUCAUGCACCACGACAACCACAACUACUACACAUACCAACAACAAUAUCAAUGCCAGCAACAAUAACAACAACAACAACAAUAAUAAACUAAAGAAACUGCCCACGGCCAUGUCAAAAACAGGGAAUGUCAGCGGAUUCGGAGUUGGAGUUGGCGGAGCUGGUGCCCUAACGACAUCCGCCGGCGCACGCCGUCAGCAUCGCUAUCGACCACGCAAACUGAUUAAGUCCGAUGACGAGGACGAUGACAGCAAUAGCGACAAGGAAAAGGAUGUAACAACGGCCAUGGGAACGGGAACGGGAGCAGCGCCAAGCGCUGUAACAGAGCAGCCAACUGGCAGUGGCAAGGGUAGCAAAAGCCAUCAUCAUCAUCAUCAUCAACAUCAGCAACAACAACAGCAACAACAGCAACAGCAACAACAUCAGUUGCAGCAGCAGCAGCAGGCCAACAGAUAUCACAAGAACAAUUCAAAAUUGGAGCAUUGCUGCGGAGAAGCGGAUAACAAUGCCCACAAUACGUACGAGAACAUGUUGAAUCUCAAAUGCUGCGGCGGUGCCAAGCAACAACAGGACUCGGCUGAUGUCCUCGACUGUGCAGGACAACGUCAACGGCAGCAACAGCAGCAACAAGACAUCUAUAUGAAACAGGCGACGCAACGAGUCAAAAUGCUGCGACGGGCGCGCAAACAAAAGUAUCAGGAUCAUUGCCUCGAAACACGUCAACGUAGCCUCUCAGUGGGCAACGAUUCCACAUGGCAGAACCGUCACCUGCAGCAGCGACAACAUCAAAAUCAAAAUCAGAACCAAAACCAAAAUCAAAACCAACAAUCAGUACAGACGCAUCCUGCCAAACAAAAGAGUGCCUCAUCCUCACCACCACCCGCCAUGGUGGGGAUUAACGGGGUCAAUGCAGGCGAUGUGAUGCUAGAUGGUGUACAAUUGCGUCAGCCACGCCCACAAUCGUUGCUCAGUCAGCAGCGUAAAUCGGCCGAGUGCUGGAAAUCGGCAUUAAACCGCAACGAUUUGAUUAGCAUCAUCAGGGAGAGCAUGGAGAAGAAUCGCUUGUGUUUUCAGUUGAAUGGAAAACCCCAAGCCAAUGUGAGUCCCAUACGGCAACCGGCAGCACAACAACAACAACAACAACAACAGCAACAACUACGCCAACGUUGCAAUACGGGCUCGAAAAUACCUACGCUAAUUGCCAACCACAGCAGCAGCAAUAUAACAGCGGGAACAGUUACGGUACCGUGUCUGGGAGUGGGUCCAGUCAACGGCCAGUCACCGCUCAGUUGCAGCCCACCCAAUUGCAUACCUUCACCGCCGCCGCCGCCGCCGCUGGUGCCACCAUUAAUGGCGGUCCAGCCAGCUCCAGCCAUCAUAGAGGCUGCAGCAGCAGCAACAACAGCAGCAGCACCACCACCGCAACCAACACCACCACCGCCAGCAACAACAAGCCAUCAGCAGCACGACCAUCCCCAACCGCACAUACCCAUUUACCAUCAACAGCUGGCCAUUAAUCCGGCCGUGCUGGCUGCCCAACAACAAAACGGGCACAAUAAGCUGAAUCUAUGCGGCUAUGAUUCCUUUUUGCAUGCCACCAUCUGUGGAGCUGGCCAUGGUCAUUCCCCACCGCCGACAUCAUCGACGCCCACAAAUGUGGCCACCGUUCAGCCCAUACCCAAAAAGCAGACCCAACACCACAAUAAGACACUGCAGCAGGGCUAUCAAAGAUUGGAGCAUCAUCAUCAGCAGCAGCAGCCAACAACAUCGUCCAGAUCAAGCAAGGACUACAAGAACUAUGGCAAUCUCAUCUAUGCCAAACUGAGCGAACAAUUGCAGCAAAAGGAACGAGAGCAGCGACGCAAACAAUUGAAGCAACAACAGCAGCUGCAGCAGCAGCAGCAGCUGCAGCAUCAUCUAAAGGAAUCUGAUCUGCGACCACUCACCUCCACCUCCAAUUCGAAUUCAACUAGCUCGGGAGGCAGUGGUGGUGGUGGUGGUGCUGGUAAAAUCUAUGGCGAUGCCUUAGAAUGUGCCCAUCUGUUGGCAAGCGAAGAGGAGGACAUGCCACCAAGUCCACCCAUGAAUAUGAGCAGCAGUACGCCCAGCAAAGUGGUGGUCAGUACCGAUACCUUGAUCGAUCUAAAUGACGAUGAUGACGAUGUUGUCGGUGAGGCAGUGGCCGAGGCUGUCACCGAGGUCGGUAAACAGGCAAAUUUAGAUAUAGACACGGCCGAUAUUGAAUUGGAUACAAGCGCCUCCAGUUCCAUGAUCCAUCGUUAUGUCCAUGAGCAUAUACAUCAUCAUUAUCAUCAUUUUAAGGAACAGCAGAAUGUCUAAAAGUACAUACAUAUAUAUAUACAUAUACAUACAUACGAAUAA